CUGCGCGAGUGGUUUGCUCGGCGCUGGAGCCGUGCUGCUGGAGCUGGUGGUGCUGCCGGUGCUGGAGGUCCUACUGCUGCUGGGGGCGCUGGAGCCACGGGUCCCGGAGGUGCUCGUACUGGAGGUACUGGAGCUGCUGGGCCUGGUGGUGCUACUGGUGCUGGGGCUACUGGCGGAGCUGGAGCUGGUAGUGCUGCUGGAGUAGGUGCUACUGGGGGUACUGGAGCCGGAGCUACUGCGUCUUCCGGUGGUCCUGCUGGAGCUGGAGCUGCUGGAAGUACUGGAGCUGGAGGUGCUGCUGGAGCCGGUGCUCCUGUGGGUGCUGGAGUUGGCGCUACUGGAGCUGCUAGAGGUGCUGCUGGUGCUGGUGGUGCUGCUGGAGUUGGCGCUGACGCUGGGGGUGCUGGUGCUGUCUCUGCUGGUUCUGGAGGCGCUGCGCGGUCGCGGCCGUACUUCGUUCCGCUCCUUGAGCAGGUGCUUGGACUUCCACCUUCUUCUGGUCCUACUCCCUCCUUAGAGUGUCCACCGCCUGUCCAGUCCGAGUCACAGUUACAGCUGGCCUCCCCUCUGCCUGCUCCUUCUCCCUACGCUGGUCCUACUGGAGGUCUUGCUGAGCGUCGUGAGCCUGAGUCGCAUCCUGCGUCACCUAGUCCUCUCUUCCUGCUCUUGCUGACCCGGAGUCUGACUCUCUUCGUGCUGCCAGUCCUACUGUCACGCAUUUCCUAG